AGCAAGGCAUGUAAUUUGUAAGGUUUUCAGAGAGCUGGCUUCGAACGGCUGGAAUCGAAACUCGAUUGUGCGCGAAACCCGCGGUAAAUUAUCGGUCUCCUGCAAUAAGACAGACUUUUUGAAAGAACGAUUCCUACCCUUCAACUCCGGUUUCCUGCCUUCGUUUUGGAGUCUCUGUGAUUCCUCAUUUCUCUCGGAAGUUGCCUUAGGUAUGAAUUCGCAGCAGGGCAUACACUGAUUCCGAAACCGGAGAACACCAUGGAAACUUUGAUCACCAAAUUCAACGCCAUCCAGGACCAGUUCCGGUUGCUCAGGGAAGAUCCCAUCGAGCUGCCUCAGAUUGUGGUCGUCGGGAUUCAGAGCGCGGGCAAGUCCUCGGUGCUGGAGGCGAUCGUGCAGCAGUCCUUCUUGCCUCGCGGCACCGGCAUCGUGACCCGCUGCCCGCUCAUCCUGCAGCUCAUACACUGUCCCGUGGGGGACGCCCUUCGCACCACUAAAGGUACAACUGGUGUCGAAGAAUGGGGCGAAUUUCUCCACGCUGGAGGGCGCAUCUUCAAAAUGGAUGAAAUUCGUCAUGAAAUCGAGAAGGAGACAAUCAAGCUGGCUGGAGUCAAGAAAAACAUCUCGCAUGACAAGAUCACCUUGAAAGUCUUUUCUCCUAAGGUCCCCAACCUCACUCUUGUCGACUUACCUGGAAUCACAAAGGUGCCGGUGGAGGGACAACCUCAGGACAUCGAAAAUCAAAUCUGUGAUUUGGUGUGCUCCUACAUCGACAAUCCCCUCAGCAUUAUUCUCGCUGUGGUGCCCGCCAACAUGGACAUGGCCGCCAACGAAGGGUUGAAAUUGGCCAAGGAAGCGGAUCCGGACGGCACUCGAACCCUGGCCGUCGUCACCAAGCUGGACCUCAUGGACCAAGGAACUGAUGCGUACGAUGUUCUUUCUGGGAAAGUCAUACCUGUGAAACUGGGCAUAAUUGGUGUGGUUAAUCGUUCUCAGCAGGCUAUCAUGGACAAGAAGUCAAUUGAUGAUAUGCUGCGGGACGAGCGUGAGUUCUUGAAAAAGAAGUAUCCAAGUCUAAUUGGUUGCAACGGGACCCCUCAUCUCACCAAGACCCUCAGUGAACUGCUUCUCGCCCACAUCAAAUCUUGCUUGCCACGGGUGAAGGCUCGUGUGCAAACUGAAAUCAGCACUUGCGAAAACAUCAUCGAGGCCUGUGGCGCCAACGUGGAGGACAAGAAGAAGUAUUUGAGCCGAGUGUUAUCUGACUUUUGCAACGAGUUCUCUAAGGUUCUGGAGGGCGGGCAGCCAGCCUUUCAAUCAUCAAAGCUGCUGAUUGGCGGUGCCAAGAUCUGCUACCUCUUCGACAGGCUGCAGAAGCGCUUCACGGCGGUGCAGCCCUGCGACCUGUACUGCCUGGAGCGCGUGACGAUGAUGAUCCGCAACGCCAGCGGGCCCAGGCCGCCCUUCCUCGUGUCGGAGCAGGUCCUGGAGGACUUGGUGAAGCCGCUGAUUGCCGACUUCCGCGAGCCCUCCCUGUCCUGCGUCAAGGCGGUCAUGAACGAGCUCAGGAACGUGUUCGCGGAGAAGUUCCCCAGAGACGCCGGACUCCGCUUUCCGUUGAUCAAGGACAAAGUCGGGGAGAUCCUGGAGAACACCAUGAACGAGUACUCCAAGGCUGCCCUCCACAUGGUUAAUGCCACCAUCGACAUAGAGCUGGCACACAUUACGUACGGCCAGUUUGAAGAUCUCGUGGAGAAAGAGCUGCAUAACAUUUUCGCUGCUGAGUCUAAAGAGGGAGCUAAAUCCAACACAAUCUCAACCCCACCCCCACCGAAGAAGAAGUUGUCAGGCUCCAAUUCUGCAGUCUCCAAUUUCCAGUUCUCCAGUCCUCCACUCUUCGGUACUUCAUUCCCCACUUCUGCUGCGGAGCCUCUGGUCAGCGCUCUGCCCGCUGUGCCCGCCAUCUCUUUCGGCGAGUCGCCUUCUCCCGUGAACCUGGGAAUCAUAUCCAAUUUCGCUUUGCCAUUCAAACGGGACCCCGACUUCGUGGUCUCGCUCAAGAAGAAGUUGAAGGUUGCCGAAUGGGAGGAGAAUGAACCCAUCCGAUCGGAAAAGCAGCUGCAGGAAAUUCUCAAACUCAACCCCAACGAUGAAAAGCACAUGAUUAUCUUAGGCGAGAUGCUCAACCACUAUUACAAAAUGGUGUCGAACAAAGUGGCCGACAGCGUGGCCAAGACGGUGAUGCACUUCUUGGUGCACGAAGUGAAGCGCUACCUCCACAGUGAGCUGACCGAAGGCAUGUUCCCGAAGUCGGUGAUGGACACUCUGUUUGAAGAAGACAGAGAGGUCGAAAAGAGGAGGCAGGACAGCCUCGACAAGCUGGAGGUGCUGAAACGGGUCUCCCGGGUGCUGCAAAGCGUAUAAUCGCUAGUUCCUCGCGACUCCUUCAUUAUUUCGUUUUUGUUUACUUUGAGCUCAGGUUUUUGUCUACGGUGUCUCUUUGUUGUCAAUUUUCGUAGUAG